CUUUCUGCCCCGCCCCUUUUUUCCCAGCCUCCUUUGCGCGUCUUCCUGGAAGGAGGGGGGAAGAGAGAGAGAGAGAGGAAGAAAGAAGCCGCCCCUCGGAGGCCCCCCACACGAUGACCACCCUGGACGAUAAGCUGCUGGGGGAGAAACUCCAGUACUACUACAGCAGCAGCGAUGAGGAGGAUAGUGAGAAGGACGACAACGAGGGAUCUGCCGCUGCCCACGAUGCCGCCGUGACGGAAGAGGUGGCACUCAGCGCUGACGGCAGUGCCAUAAACACAGGCCCUAAAGGCGUGAUCAACGACUGGAGAAGGUUCAAACAGCUGGAAACGGAGCAGAGGGAGGAGCAGUGCCGGGAGAUGCAGAGGCUCAUCCAGAAACUCUCCAUGACCUGCCAAUCACACCUGGAUGAAGAGAAGGACAAGCAGAAGCAGAAGGAGCUGCAGGAGAAGCUGAACGACAAGCUGGCACUGCACCAGGAAGCGGACGACGAGGCGUUCCUGCAGCAAUACCGCAAGCAGCGCAUGGAGGAAAUGCGCCGCCAGCUGCACCCGGGCCAACAGUUUAAGCAGGUCUUUGAGAUCCAAAGCGCCGAGGCCUUCUUGGAGACGGUGGACCAAGGCAACAAGAAAACCCUGGUCAUGAUCCACAUCUACGAGGACCACAUCCCCGGGGCCGAAGCCCUGGACGGCUGCAUGCUCUGCCUGGCCGCCGAGUACCCCACGGUGAAAUUCUGCCGGGUGCGCAGCUCCCUGAUCGGCACCAGCUCCCGCUUCACCAGCAACGCCCUGCCGGCCCUGCUGGUUUACAAGGGCGGGGAGCUGAUCGGCAACUUCAUCCGCCUCACCGACCAGCUGGGCCAAGACUUCUUCGCCGCGGACUUGGAGGCUUUCCUACAGGAGUUCAGCCUGCUGCCGGAGAAGGACGUGGUGCUCUACACCACCUCCAUUUGCAACGCUGCCUCGUGCUACGACGAGGAGAGCGACUUGGAGAUCGACUGAGAACCAGAGCCACGGGGUCCCCGCUCCCGUUUGCCCCCCUCCCUCGAGGGCCCCUGGCUGGCUUGAAAAGGGUAGUAGUCAUUCACCCUCGAGCCCCCCAGACCCAUCGGGCAGGUCUGCAACUUCGGCGGUGGUCCCCGAGCCCUGCCAUCCUCCUCCUCCUCCUGGGCAACUGCGUAGAUUCAGAAAUAGGCCUUUUUAGUUUGGAGUCCUGUCACUGCAGCCACCCCCAGAGCGGGGAGGUGGGGCGCGUGUGGGUCAGCCCUACCGUUUGCUUGGAGAGAGGGAGCCUCUCGUCCUUCGCUUCAAACCUGACCCGCGAUCGGCAGGACGUGGAUGUCUCGAGUUGCUUGGGGUGGGGGGGCCGCUCCUAGCCUGGUUACCUUUUUUCCGUCCCGUGAAAAAUUCUCUCUCUCUCUGUCUCUCUCUCUCUCUUUCCCUCCCUCCCUCCCUCCCUCUUCCUCUCCCUCUGGUCGUGGCCGUCUCGGAGUGUCUGUGUCGCCCUCUCCUCCCCCACCACCAAUCGUGCAGAUUGACUGUCGAAGACGUCUCCAUGCCUAGCAAAACUUACCAUGUUUUCUUAACGCAAUAAAAGAUUAAAAUCCGAA